CGCUCUUUGCAGGCAGUAGAAAGCCCCGGCUGGCAGCGCAGCCCCGCGCUGCGGGCAGGCCAGCGUGCCCUUUGCGCGUUUGUUAAUGGAUGUGAGCCCCUGUCCCCGGUCCAGGAGGUGGCAUUAACUGCCCGCUACUGCUCUGAUAGCUGGACUCCAGACACCAAUAUGACUGAGCGCUUUGAUUGCCACUACUGCAAAGAAUCUCUGUUUGGUAAGAAGUACAUCCUGAAGGAGGAUAGCCCCUACUGUGUGGAAUGUUAUGAAAACCUUUAUUCCAACACCUGUGAGGAAUGCAAAAAACCUAUUGGCGCUGACUGCAAGGAUCUGUCUUAUAAGGACCGCCACUGGCAUGAAACCUGCUUCCACUGCUUCCAGUGCAAGAAUUCCUUGGUGGACAAACCUUUUGCUGCAAAAGAGGAACAUCUCCUUUGUACUGACUGCUACUCCAAUGAAUACUCUUCCAAAUGUAAUGAGUGCAAGAAGACUAUUAUGCCAGGUACUCGGAAGAUGGAAUACAAGGGCAACAGCUGGCACGAGACCUGCUUUAUCUGCUACCGCUGCCAACAGCCUAUUGGGACAAAGAGCUUCAUCCCUAAGGACAAUCAAAACUUUUGUGUACCCUGCUAUGAAAAGCAGUUUGCCAUGCAAUGCGUCCAGUGCAAGAAGGCUAUCACCACAGGAGGCGUUACCUACCGUGAGCAGCCAUGGCACAAGGAGUGCUUCGUGUGUACUGCAUGCAAGAAGCAGUUGUCUGGACAGCGCUUUACCUCCAGGGAUGAGUUUGCAUACUGCUUGAGCUGCUUCUGCAACCUCUAUGCCAAAAAGUGUGCUGGAUGCACAAACCCAAUCAGUGGACUCGGAGGAACCAAGUACAUCUCUUUUGAAGAACGGCAGUGGCAUAAUGAUUGCUUUAACUGUAAGAAGUGCUCCCUUUCACUGGUGGGUCGUGGCUUCCUCACAGAAAGGGAUGACAUCCUUUGCCCUGAAUGUGGAAAGGAUAUUUAAAGCUCAAACUAAGAGGUGAGGAAGAAGGAAGGAGAGCCGUGCUCGCAAUAUAUAGUUUGAAACACAUGGAUGUUCAGAGCUAGCUUUGCCACUCUGUGUCUCACUGUACUAUUAACAUUUCUUAACCUUCUUGUUUAUACUCUCCAAAUCUGGAGGGAAAACAGCUUGAGAAUCUCUAAUAGCAGUGUCAGUGUUUAAGAUUUCUACCAAUAACAAAAACUCAUGCAAAACCCA